AGUGAGGGGAACAACCGUGAAACUAACUUCACCACGGUUUUGAGGGUGGCGCUCAAGAGCACGAGCGCGCUCGUGCCUGCCAUAGAAGAAGAAGUAGAAGUAAACGCAUUCGGUCGUCUUCCGAGUUUAUCUUCAAAGUUCUCAAAUUGCUUCAAGUGAAACUAUCUAAGAACAACCAGUGGAUGUCGUCUCUCCCAAUGCCAGCAAAGGGAAAGGUUUAAUUUGUUGAUGAUUUACUCUCAAGUCGAUCGUCUUUUGUUAGCCAGCUAGCUUGGCAGUCGACACGACGUCGGUUUGGAUCUGGUGACACAAUGGGUCGAGGGCGACCACACAUGGGUCCGACCGGGAUGGACGGACCUCCAUUUGACAUGGGUCCACCCCCAGGCUGGGGUCCUCCACCGCCGGGUGGUUGGCCCCCGCCGCCCGGAGGAUGGGGCCCGCCGCCGCCAGGCAGCUGGGGUCCACCUCCUGGCGAUUGGGGUCUGCCCCCGCCCGGUGGCUGGAGCCCUCCACCACCCGAUGACUGUGGCCCUCCACCACCCGUUGGUUGGGGACCUCCACCACCCGGCGACUGGGGACCCCCACCACCCGGUGACUGGGGCCCUCCACCACCUUGUGGCUGGGGUCCUCCACCGCCUGAUGAAUGGGGCCCGAACAUACCCCCGCCACCAGGCUGGGGACCCCCUGAUUGGGACCCUGAAAUGCCUCCUCCGGGUUGGCAUCCACAUGGUCCUCCUGAGCCGUGGGGACCACCUCCUGAUACUGUUCCCCCACCUGACUCCCAUGUUCCCAUGACCUCGGCUCCUCCUCCAGGCUGCAUGCCUCCCUUUGGCUACCCAGGAUUGCCCCCAGGCUGGACGGGGGAGGUGCCACCCAGCACGGCCCCGGAUCAGCCAGAAUGGCUCAAAGCCUUGAUUCUAGCCCCGCCCACUGGCACCAGCCCAGCUCAAACCGAGACCACCUCUACGGCGAGCACGACAGUAGCCGACCCCGCUCCUAAAGCCGAAGUGCACCCUCCCAAGACCACCAAGCUCUUACACCUGCUAGGAAAGCGUGAAAUAGAGAAGCCUCCCCCAGGCAGGUCCAUUGGAAUCAUCUCCUUCAUUGGGCCCACAUGCGGUUACAUCGAGCGAGAAGACGACCAGAAGUUCAGCUUCAACUUCAAGGUCUUCUUUGGAAACCCCAAAGCCAUGAAGCCCGGCGUCCACGUCCACUUCACUGCCUGCAAAGGGAAGAAGAAUCACAUUGCCACAGACGUCAAAGUGGCUCCAGGUGGAACGGAGCAUGUGGAUCCAGAAAUCUACGAAGCCGUGGUCUGUCAGCCCAUCGUGGAACCACUGCCCGGCGAGCGCCAGUUCCCCGGUCAGGUGGACGUCAACAUCCAGCCUCUUAGGACCACACUGACCUUUGACAGGAAGGACAGCAUGGUGACACUACUGAAGAACGACCAGGUUCUCAUCAACCUGCUGACCGACAUCGCUACGGAAAAAAGGCGCGCCACCAACAUCCGACCCAAAAUUCCCGGCACUUUUGAGUUCACCAAAGAGACCCGGGAGACGGGCGUCAUCAUCCGUCUCAAGGACAGCGAAGGUAUCAUCAAGUCCGAAAAACACGGCGAGCUCCCUUUCAGCGCCAAGGAAAAUUUCAGCGACAUCGAUUUUACCGAUGAGGACGUCAAUGAGGAAGUGGAGUUCACCUUGCACGAGCUGCGAGCGGGUAAACGGGCUAUCCGCAUCCGCCGCGUGAAAGAGCAACUCCUUCUGACGCUCUGUAGCCCCUCCUCAAAGGACACAACCACCAACACCCUUUUGAAUUCUGCCAUGAAGGCCUCAACCGAACUGAAGCUGCAGCCCCACAUGUGGCUGGACCCUGAGCUGUAUGAGGGUGUGGUCAGCCAGCCCAUCAUCGAACCCAAGCCCAACAUGGAAGGGUACCCGGGCCAGAUCAACGCCAACAUCGGCACCAUCCGAACCAAUGUAACCUUCGACCACAGAGACUGCGGUGUGACCCUGCUGAAGAACGACCAAGUGCUCCUCAGCCUGCUGGUGGACUUGAAUACCCGCAAGAAGAGAGCGGCCAACAUCAGACCGAAGAUCCCGUUCACCUUUGCCCACACCAACGAGAAGCGAGAACUGGGCGUCAUCAACCGCCUCGGAGACUUCGAGGGCGUCCUCACCUCUGAGGAGCACGGCGAGCUGCCAUUCAACCUCAGCGAAAACUUCAGCGACACGGAAUUCGGUGCAGAUGACAUCAGCAAGGAGGUGGAGUUCACGAUGGCGCUGGUCUGGGAGGAGAAGAGGGCAGUGAGGCUGAGGAGGACCAAGAUGGUGGAGGACCGAAUUUUGACUGAGAAGAAGAGGCAGGAAGAGGAGGCGGAGCAAAAGGAAACGGACAGGAAGCGUAAGGAGGCUGCGGCAGCGGCACUUGCAGCGGCCAAAGACAAGUGGACGCCGCUUGGCUUCAACGUCCAAAUACCUCACACGGCCGACGAAAUCAGCAAGGAGCGAUUUGACGGCACGGUCCUCAAAGUCCCCCCAAAGCAGAUUAAGAUGGACCCUGACGAUGAGGAGCAAGGCGGAGGAGCCAAGAUCGAACAUAUAAAUCCCGAUUUAAAGGUCCAUAUCAAAAAGGAGAAACUGGACGAGAAUCAGGAGGAGGAGGAGGAGGUGGGAGGCAGAACCGAGAGCCACGUCCCGCCCACUGAAGAGCUGGGGCGACUGGUGAUGACCGUUGACGGUCAGCAGAAGCAGCUGAACUUCGGCACCGCCGACCUGAUGACCAAAGCCACCAUGUUGGAAGGAGACAAGGUGCGAUUCAAUGUGGCCACCAAUCAGGAGACCAAAGAAGAACGUGCCGCCUUUGUGGAAAUUCUUCCCAGCUCAUUCGAAGAGUCCACUGAACAACGAAGACAAGGAAUUGUGAUCGAGUUCACUAACCAUUCAGGAAUCAUCAAAUGCACGCAGAACCCUCAGCUCUUCUUUUACAUGUCUGAGGUGAUUGAGAAAAAAAAACUGGAGCUGAACGAAAAGGUCGACUUUAGCGUCAUCCCGCAUGAAUUUGCGGAGGGUGGGAACCAGGCAAUCAGGAUCAAACGUUACACUGAGAGUGCUUUUUUACCUGCACGGAAACUGUGUGCUGCUCCCGCGAGCAAAGGGAAGAUGACCAUCAAGCUGGCGGCAAACUCUUCAAAGUCAGAGAAAGAGAUCCUCAAGACAUCCAAGCUAAAGACUGUGGUGAAAAAUUUGAGAUCCCAGGGUAGCACUUCAAGCAGGCACGGCGGCAGCAGGAGUCCAAGUAGAAGCCGGAGUCCCAGUCCAUCCAGAGACAAAUUCGGACGUGAAAUCAAACGGAGACGCAGCAACAGUCUUGACCGAGACCGCAAAAGCAGCAGAUAUCGACGAAGUACCAGUCGGGAAAGGUCACGGCGACGUACGAGAAGCCGCAGUCACAGCCGAAGCAGGAGCCGCAGCAGGAGUCGAAGCAGGAGCCGAAGCAGGAGUCGAGACCGAUCAAGCAGGAAGAGGAACCGGAGUCCGGACCGGAGCCGAGCAAAGAGUCGCGGACGCAGCAAGAGUCGCGGACGCAGCAAGAGCCGCGGACGCAGCAAGAGCCGCGGACGCAGCAAGAGCCGCGGACGCAGCAAGAGCCGCCAUCACAGCCGCAGUUUAGAUCGCAGCCGGGCUAAGAGCCGCGGACGGAGUAAGAGCCGUCCUCGCAGCAGGUCCAGGUCCAGAGGGAAGAGUCGCGGGCGGUCUUCAAGUAAAGCACCAAGUCGGGCCCGCAGUAAAAGCAGGAGGCGGAGAAGUCAUAGCAGCUCCAGCAGCUGCAGCAGCUUUGAACACGAGCCGCGAGGCGGUGUGCGCAGGAUGGAGCUGGAGGACACGUGGAGUCUGCCCACCAAGUCCAUUUUGAAGAAACGCACCGAUUACGAGGAUUCGCCGUCAGUCAGGAGCACAGACUCCCCCAGAAGCGUGGAGACCUCCAGCAUGUCUCACAUGGCUGAGCAGCUGUUGCAGGCCUUCCGAGGCAUGGAACCGGCUGCCGUGGUGUCCAUGUUGUCGGAGAUGCAGUCCGACCCGCAAAUGGCUCAGCGUGCCAACAUCAAGGAGAUCCUUAACCUGCUGGAUCCGGUCGUGAGCGAAAGAGCAAAGAGUCCAGACAAGAUGGCGCUCGACAUUGAUGACGAGGAACAGUUUCUGUAUGGAGAAUCGGAGGAACCCAAAACGCCUGCGCCUCCGUCCCAGCCCCAGCCACCUCAAAACCACAUAUUUGAUCUUUACGGGGACGUGACAGAGGAGGUGCUGUAUGGUGAUCUUCCGCCAUCUACCGCUGCCACCGCCUCAGUGUAUGACAUCCCUCCGGUGGCUUUACCUCACCAAGCUCCUCCCACCACCUGCCCGCCCUCCAGCCUCAAACCCAACGUGGGCCAGGUGUUGCCUCAAGCCCCUCAGCUGGAGGACGUGAAGGAUCAGCAGGCUCGAGAUGAUUACCAAAAUAUCCAGAGCUUGCUGAAAACAAUCGGCUUAGACCUCGGCAUGACCGAGAUCACUAAAAUGGCCGCCAGGACCAAGGAGAGACUGGAGGGAAAUAAGCCAACACGCAAGACAGCGACGCAGCGCAGACGCCGCUCGUCCAGCAGCUCAGACAGCAGCCGCAGGAAGCGCAGCCACAGCAGCAGUAGCAGCUCUAGCUCGAGCAGCGACGCGAGCGACCGCCUACUGGCCAACUGGAGCACUAAUGGCGGCCGCAGCGACACCACUGCCCCCACCACACCCUACCAAGAUACCAAACCCGAGUGCAGCACCGGGGCCCCGAAAGAAUUGGAGCAGCAAGUGUCCGACAGCACUGCCCCGCUUCCGUCAAGGGUGCCUAUCCCAUCCUACCCCCCACCUCAAGUCCACAACAUGAUGCCCCCAGGAUACCCACCGCCGGGGUAUAGCCAAUACAGCAACUUUGUGCCCUACCCGCACCCGCAGUGGCCACCCAUGUACCCGCCCCCUGGCAUGACUCUGCCCCCGCCGCCCAACAACAGUUUCCACCCCAACCUGCCGUACAACCAAGCUUACAGCCAACAGCCUCCUGAGUCUAAAGUCAAAGGCGCCAGUCACGUGUCAGAGCGAGAGAACAACGAAAGCCAGAAACAGAAGGUUCUGGAGGAGCGUGAGAACCUGAAACAGGAGCGGGAAUUACGAAUGAAGAAGAAGGAAUACCUGAUGAAAGAACUGGAGAAGCUCCGCAAGCAGCAAGGUGAGCUGCUGAGGAAGAAGCGGCGGGAGAAAGACGGCCACAAAGAUCCCCUGCUGCAGGAGAUCGGCCGCCUGCAGGAGGACGUCAUCAAACAGAUCUCCAACCUCCGCAAGGAGCAUGAAGCUGCUGAGAAGAAACGCAGCGAGAUCGAAAAGGUGGCGCUCAUCCUGGGCCUGACACCCUCUGACCGCCCCCGCGGGUCAUCUGACGCGCGGGAAGAUGACGUGUCGCAGUCCCGGAGCAAAAAACAGGAGUCACAGCAAAGUCCUACGCAGGAAGAAGAUGGCGGAACGCCCCAGAAGCAAAACGUCUCGGAACCCAACCAGUCGUCUGUCAUUUCACCUUCUCCGCCCCCUGACCCAUUUGAGUACUACGAUGCUGGGAAUCACUGGUGUAAAAACUGUAACGUCACCUCCGGCUCCAUGUUUGAUUUUUUUACACACUUGCACAGCAAAACGCACUGGAAGACGCUGGACCCUUACGACAGGCCUUGGGCUUCAUUGCCAUCGGAAGCUGUGAAGAAAAGGCCAAUAGAAGAGAAGCAAACAAAGCCAGCCAAAGGUUCGGAGUUCUUAAUUCCUGUCCGAGGAUUUUUCUGUCUGCUGUGUAAAAAGUUCGUUGGAGACGCCAUCUGUGCAGAAGAGCACACCACCACUCACUUUCACAACGACUGCUACAAGAAAAAAAUGUACGAGAAUCCACUGUAUGAGCAAAGGAGGAACUUAGACCGUCAAGCCGGACUGGCCUCCGAAGUGACUGGAAAGAAACGCAAACAUGGGGAGGACAAAAUGGGCAAAAUCAAAGCCAAAAAGGAGAAAAAGAAUGAAGAGGAGGUUCAGAUCGAUGAUAGGUUGAAAGUUGAAAAGGAGGAAGAGAAGCCAAAAGCUCAGAAGAAAGAGGAGGAGCUUAGAAGCAGCAAGUCUCGAGAUGAGCGCAGCCCUUCUCGUGGCAAGAAAGGUGAGGAUGAAAAGUAUGAGUCUAAGAAGAAAGAAAAGCAUUAUUCGAGUAAAGAGGACGAGGAGAGGCCUAAACACAGCAGAAGAUUUGAGGAGGAGCAUAGUAAACAAAGCCACGAAGGCCGCCGUUAUCGGCAUCACAGACAGGAAGAGGAUCACUCUGACAAAUGGCGAUAUAGCAAGAGAGACGAGGACAGGCACAAAUCGUCCAAGUAUUCUGAGAGUCGAUCCAAACAUGAGAACGAACUAGAGGACAGGCAAGCAGAGAAGGACACUUUGAAAAAAUCUGAAGGCACACCCGAGGUCAACAAGCCACCGCGGGCCACCUGUGAACCGCCCAAAAUCCUGUCUGGACCCAGUCCGGCCAUGAGAGCAAAACUCCGCAAACAAAGUCUGGAAGCCACCAAGUCCAAUCCCGUGAUCUCGGCAGCUUCCUUUGGGAAGUUUACUUGGAGGAAAAAGGAGAGUCAGAUGGUUGCUGAAGCCCAAAAAGUGGCCGCCCAGUUCAUCAAGGAGGAUGAAGAAGCUGCCAAAUGUAAACCCGCCGAAGACCCCUUUUCAAAGUCUAUGGCUGUUGCGAAGGAAAUUGCCCAGAAGUUACAAGAUCAAAGCAACACGCCACAACCAUGGGUGUCAAGAGGUGACAACCGAUCACAAAUCCGACCCAAACCCCCUGCCCUGGCCCCAGUACCAAGGCCAACAUUCCUGUUGCCAAAACCUGCACUGUUCAUAAGACCCCAGAGCCAAGGUGGUCUACUGGCCACUCCUAACAUUAGACCGAUUUUCCCAGUUUCUCAUAUAAGGCAUUGUCCUCGUCCCUUUAUGCCUCGUCCGGUCUCACCUGUGCCUCCGUGUGUUCCACAUUUUUCCAGUCCUGCCCCACCAUUCCCCAGACCAGUUACAGCUGUGUCUCAGCCCGCCCUGUUGGUCCCCAAAGCAGCUUCACUUGUGUCACGUCCUGCCUUGUCAGUUUCUAAAGCAGCUCCACCUGUGUCUGCAUUGCCACCCAGUCCUGCUCCGCCGGUGUCCCGGCCAGAGCCAUUGCAUGUUGACCCGGCUCCCGAAGUAUCGAAACCCAAAACGGCAGAUGAACCAUCUGAAACACCAACAACAGCAAACAUGGAGCCAGACGUGGCAGCUCCUGGUGUCCCUGAGAGUGAGCAGACAUGGGCUGUGUUUGUCAAACCUCCACCAUUGUUCAACAAGGAAGAUGGAGCUCAGAAGUCCGAGAAACCAAAAAGUAACCUGGCUGCUGCUAAAGCCCAGGACUUAUUUGGCAUCUUGUACAGCAGUCUGGAUAAGCCAGGACCCUUAUCGUUGACAAAGUCAACUACAGUCAACAAAGGUAACAGUAGUGGUGAAUGUUUAACAGAACAAACUCCUCAACCUUCCAAGAAAACUGAGCAGACUGAAAAUGGAAUGCCAGGAACCCUAAAACCCCAGAGCCAGUCAGAUAUUUCCAUUAAAUCUGUAUGGUCUUUGCAGACCGGCCCCGACUUAGGACCAGAGGGGGUUCAGAGUCGACACGUUUAUGAACCUGAAUCUCAAAGUCAGCAUGAAGUACAACCAGUUUCUGAAUCCAAACUACAUGAUACCCCAAUCCAGGACCUUCCAGGACCACACCAAGAAACACAUCUUGUAUCCGAGCCGACAUCCACGCCUUGUAAUCGAGGAACUCGAGGAAAAACUGCUCAAAGGAAAACCCCUCCCCGUCUCACCCCUGUCCGUCAAACCAGAUCCCAAACAAGGUCGCAGACCAGACAGCAGCAUUGUCAGGGACACUCUGAUCCAGAGCCAGAUUUGGGAGAUUCUGACUUGAACAUCUCCGAGUUCUCGGAUCAUGGCUCUGGGUCACAUGAAGAUGGUGAAUCACCAAGCAAAAAGAACCCUCAAGUGAUGGCAGGAACAGCCGAAAAUGUUGACUUAACUCUUUUAGACUCCCAGUUGAUCUUGACUGAGAAGGGUCCAGAGUGAGAAUCGCCGAUGGUGAUUUCCCAGAUCAUGGAUGGACUCGAUCCACUUGGACUUUAGUCUGUUUAGAAUGGUUUGGAUCUCAAUCCAAGGUUCCAUUCAAGACUUUGCCCUGAGUUCGCAGGGAUUGGUCCAGUACCGACGGAGGCCCAUUUUUGCAGUUGCGUUCAUAUUAAUAAAAUACAUUCUUCAUUCCAAAGUAUUAAAGUACUGUAAGAUUCCAAUGAGCGCCCCACCCCCCCACCCCCUCCAUCUAGUUCGGGUUCACUGUUUAAUAUUUCUCACUGGCUUUGUCCUGCUGGUUGUAGAUUUGCUUCAGCUAAAUUUCACUAGUGGGCUCAAUUGAGGAGUUCUGACAAAUGUUGGCGCACCCCCUCCACUUGGUCCAGUCUGUCAUCUGCUUGUCUUGUAAGUUUUUUGUUUUUUUUAAUUAAAAGUUCCCUUGUGGAAAACUGA